CUCUGAGCUAGCACCAGUCACCAAGCUAGCCUCCGAGCUAGCACCAGUCACCAAGCUAGCCUCCGAGCUAGCACCAGCCAUCAAGCUGGCCUCCGAGCUAGCACCAGUCACCAAGCUGGCCCCCGCGUCUCCACCAGCUCCCAGGCUGGCCCCCGCAUCUCCACCAGCUCCCAGGCUGGCCUCGACCUCUGCGCCUCGGCCAGCAGCGCCGACCUCUGCUCCGCCGACCUCUGCUCCGCCAACCUCUGCGCCUCGGCCAGCAGCAUUGGCUUCAGCACCUCGGCCAGCUCCUCAGCUGCCCUCCUCGUCUCCGGCUCCGAUGACGUCUGCUGCUUCCACGCCUCCGACGACAUUGUCCUCCUUGACUCUGGCUCCGAUGACAUCGUCCUCCUCGACUCUGGCUCCAAGGUCUUCAUCCUACUCGUCUUUGGCGGGCCUUUCCACGGCGCCGCCUGCUCCCUUGUCUCCUGCAUCGUCGCUACCGCGACCUCCGGCUGGCCGGCCGCAAAGGCAGCCAACAGGCGCCCGCACACGGCGCCCUCUGUGGCCAGGGCAGGGACACUUUCUGCGCCAACAGCAACGCCCAAAACAUGGAUAUGUUUCCCGUAGGCUGCUGUGGUUCUGGCUCCACUCGCGUCCGCCCUCCGGACGUCCAAGAAGGUGGCCGUUCCUUGGUCGUCCACCUCGCAGGCUGCUGCGGCGUUCUACUCGCCGCCGCCACCAGACUCGUCCCCGCUGGAUUCGGGGACACUUGGGACGGCGACCCACCUCCAGUUCACCCCUCCACCCUCCCUUGACUUUUGACCUCUGUGUUCUCGUGAUUCCUGCUAGACAUCUGGGAGCUGUCCAUAAGGAGGGGGAUACUGUCACGGCCAGGGUGCAUUGGAAUGCGCCCUCAUCAUUGCGCUCUGCGCUUCACACCGCGGGACACGCCCACGACUGUGGCGCACAUCUCGGGACGCGCCGCGCGCGUCUCCGCCCUGCAGCUGCCGCCAGCUGCAAUCACUUGCCGGCAAUCAUCACACCUGCCUGGAAUGAAGGAGCUGCCUUCAUAAGCCUGGACAUCUUGGCAUGCCGGCGCCGGAAUAUAAUCAUCUGUUGGCGUAUAACCUCCGUUCCCGUGUUUUGACGUUGCUGUGUGUCUCGUCAUUUCUCGUCGUCGUUCCCCUGCUUCUCGGACUGCUCCUUGGAUCUCGACCUCCCGCUUGGACACGGAUUCCCCUCUUCCCCUGGACUUCCUCAUCUCUCGUUCAACACUUGGUAACGCACACCUCAGUUAAAUACUACACAUAGUCGUACACCAUACACACUCUUGGAUUUUGCCACACUCCAUUUCCUUAGUUCAUAUAUUUAGUGUUGUUUAUUAUAUAUAUUACUAUAUAUAAUAAAUCAUUGAACAUUACUGCCAUCUAGUGUCUGUUGCC